UGUAGGCUACAGCUCUGUCAGAGUGAGCAAGAGACAGAGAGAGAUUGGGUGAGAGACAUUUAUUGAGAGAGAGAAAGAGAGUGGCUAGAGUUGGUGAAAGACAUCGAGAGAUCAAGAGAGAGGGUGCGUGAGCGGCAUAGAGAGAGAGAGAGAGAGAGAGAGAGAGAGAGAGAGAGAGAGAGAGAGAGAGAGAGAGAGAGAGAGAGAGAGAGAGAGAGAGAGAGAGAGAGAGAGAGAGAGAGAGAGAGAGAGAGAGAGAGAGAGAGAGAGAGAGAGAGAGAGAGAGAGAGGGAGUGGGUAAGAGUGAGCGAGAGACAGGAGGACAGAGGGAGGAGAGAGAGAGAGAGAGAGAGAGAGAGAGAGUGAGAGGGGGACAGAGAGAGAGGGAGAGGGAGUGGGUAAGAGUGAGCGAGAGACAGAAGGACAGAGGGAGGAGAGAGAGAAAGGAGUGGGUAACAGCCUGGGUACACUGUAGAUCUUGCAGCAGUGGCAGUGUAGCAUGUUUCCAGCUGUGGCAUUACUUUAAUCCCAGAGGACCUUGUUGAACAACAUUGGAGUUUCCUGACAUUUGUCUUCCUCUUCCCAUGUUUCUUUUGUUUUACAUUUUCUCUUGGAUUUCAAAAACAAACUCAAACUGCACUUUAUUUUGUUCAACAAGUACUCUCGAUUUUUUGGAUGUAUCUGUCAAGUAGGCAUGUCCUCCUCAGACCUCAAUGGAUCCUCGCGUACGCCUCGCUGGCUACUCUGGAAGCUAAAGGAAAAGGUAGACAUGAGGUACUGAUGGGGUCCGAGUACACUAGUAGGGCUUCAAUCAUUUGAGGUACUGGUAAAAAGUAUUUCAGCAGAACGAAUACCUUAUUUUUGUAAUAGGUUUGACUUAUUACUUCCCCUCCCCGCGAAAUAUAAUGCAAAUUAUGGAAUGGGACACAUAGCCAAGUAUCUUUGACUCUGCUGAACCACGCUCAACACGGCCCUGAGUAACCAUGGACUACGACAACAACAUGAGCAUCGCUGCCACCUCAGACCCAUUCAUCAACAACCACAGCAGCGUCGGCGCGGUCCUGCUGGGCCCCAACAGGACCGAGCCCUACCACCCGGCGGCCGACUUCUGGACCUACCCUGUCCUGGCGCUCAUCAUCCUCACAAUCGUGGUGGGCAACCUGCUAGUCAUCAUCGCCAUCGCACGCACGUCGCAGCUCCAGACCAUAACCAACAUCUUCAUCAUGUCGCUGGCCUGCGCCGACCUCAUCAUGGGCGUGCUGGUUGUGCCGCUGGGAGCCACCAUCGUGGUGACAGGCGACUGGAAGCUGGGCGACACCCUCUGCGAGCUUUGGACGUCCCUGGAUGUGCUCUGCGUGACGGCCAGCAUCGAGACGCUGUGCGUGAUCGCUGUGGACCGCUACCUUGCCAUCACUCGGCCGCUGCGGCACAAGGUGUUGAUUAACAAGCUGCGGGCGCGGCUCAUCGUCUGCCUGGUGUGGGCCGUGUCUGCGCUCAUCUCCUUUGUACCCAUCAUGAACCAGUACUGGCGGGCAGACGACUUCCCCGAGGCGGUCAAGUGCUACAACAACACGGCGUGCUGCGACUUUGUGACCAACCGCACCUUCGCCAUCACCUCCUCAGUGGUGUCCUUCUACGUGCCGCUGCUCAUCAUGAUCUUCGUCUACGCCAAGGUGUUCCUGAUUGCCACGCGGCAGGUGCAGAUGAUCGACAAGGACCGCCAGCGUUUCCAGGGCGACUGCCCGUCCUCGCAACUCGGCCAGCACCUCACCAGCAUCCUGCCUUCUGUGUGCCCGCUGGGCACAUGCAACUGCGGCAGCAACAGGAACGGCGUGGCACGCCGGAAGGGCAGCAGGCGGAGGCCGUCGCGGCUGAUGCUGGUCAAGGAACACAAAGCCCUGAAGACCUUGGGCAUCAUCAUGGGCACCUUCACCCUAUGCUGGCUGCCCUUCUUCGUGGCCAACAUCAUCAACGUCUUUGACAGGGAGGUGCCCUCGGAGUGGGAGUUCCGCCUGUUAAACUGGCUGGGCUACGUGAACUCCGGCCUGAACCCCAUCAUCUACUGUCGGAGCCCCGAGUUCCGCACAGUUUUUAAGAAUCUGCUGGGAUGCCCUUGGCUGACCCCACAGAGGUUUAAUGCUUUUUAUAAAGAACUGCGCACUCUCUGCAGCUGUGUGCCCAGGCAGGGUGAGUCUGGCACAGCGGGUGCUCUCACUAAAGCUACCGUGACAGACAGGAACGAGAGCCUGAGCAGCAACAGAAGUGAGGCUUCUUCCUCUGGGAUUCAGCACUCCAACAACAGCGGCCAGUCCAGCGACCAGUCCAGAACAGAAACAGAACUGUAAGUGUGACAUUGACGCGUUCGCCUUCUGCACUCAACUUGUUUGACUAAGUCAAUGUUCUUUUAUUCUGAAACAAAGAAAUUUGGGUCAUCGCACAGAUUUACAAAAUAAUGAUGUCUGAAGCCUCAUAAUUUCAGCAUUAUUUUAGUUCAAUUUCCUGAUUGCAAGAGAGAAUGUCGCCUUUUGGAAAACCAAUUUCCUGUGGAUGUUGGUUGAAUAAUCUACAAAUUAAUACAGAUUAAAGAGAUUAAACCAA